AUGGAGAGGGCCAAUGGGAGUGCUCUGAUGGGCUUCAUCCUCCUGGGCUUCUCGGAGCACCCUGGCUUGGAGUCUGUGCUCUUUGUGUUCGUCCUUUUCUUCUACCUCCUGAUGCUCGUGGGGAACUUCACCAUCAUCAUCGUCUCGUACCUGGACCCUCACCUCCACACCCCUAUGUACUUCUUUCUCGGCAACCUCUCCCUGCUGGACCUCUGCUUCACCACUAGCAUUGCGCCUCAGACCCUAGUUAACCUGCAAGGACCAGAGAAGACCAUCACUUACGGCGGCUGUGUGGUACAGCUUUACAUUUGCCUGGCACUGGGCUCCACCGAGUGCGUCCUCCUGGCUAUGAUGGCCUUGGAUCGCUACGUGGCUGUCUGCAGACCCCUGCACUACAUGGCCACCAUGAACCCACAGCUGUGCCAGCAGCUGGCGUCCAUCUCCUGGCUCGGUGGUUGGGCCAACUCCCUGAUCCAUGCCACCCUCGCCUUGCAGCUGCCUCUCUGUGGAGAGCACAGGCUGGAUCAUUUUAUUUGUGAAGUGCCAGCUCUCCUCAAGCUGGCCUGUGUGGACACCACUGUCAAUGAGUUGGUGCUCUUUUUUGUUAAUAUCCUGUUCCUGCUAAUCCCCCCGGCAUUCAUCCUUAUCUCCUAUGGCUUUAUAACACAAGCUGUGCUGAAGACCAAGUCGCUGGAGGCGAGGCGCAAGGCCUUCAGCACCUGCUCCUCCCACCUCACGGUGGUGAUCAUUUUCUAUGGCACCUUGAUCUACAUGUACCUGCAACCGAGCUAUGCCCAGGAACAAGGCAAGUUUGUCUCCCUCUUCUACACCAUGGUGACUCCCACCUUAAAUCCAAUCAUCUACACUUUCAGGAACAAGGAUGUGAAAGAUGCUCUGAAGAAACUUCUCUCAGGAAGACUGUGCUCCCGACAGUCAUCGUUUGCAAGAAACUGA